AAAAUUCAGGAUUCAUUUUGAAAAGUGGAAGCACUGAACAGGAACAGAGCUAGCCAUAUGCGGUCAUCAGCUAGUACGACGUGACAAUUCAAAAUCUAAUAAUACUCUGUGAUACAAGUGUAAUUUGAAUGGGAGGUGCAGAGCUAACCUUCAAUGAAAACAAGAAACCCUCGUUGGUUUUCCAGGAGAGUCAGUGUCAACUCUGCAAGUACACUCUCCGAGACCCUCUUUCAGCCUCUUGCAGACAUCCAUCCUGCAAAAGUUGCCUGGCAGUCCUUUUCACCCGGGACCUCCCACCAAUUGACAAAGUACUGUGUCCAACAUGCAACUGUCUGCUCAAGCUAAAUGAGUUAAAGCCUGAUGUGGCAGCUCAAAAGAGGCUACAAAAGAUUAAGUCAUGCAAGUGUAAAAACUGUAGCUGGAAAGGGUCCUACACUGAUUAUAUUCAGAAUCAUGAGCGAAACUGUGGCGGAGUCACGCGCAUUCAAUGUAAGGUGUUGGGAUGCGGGAAAUGGCUGCCAGAGAAACGAGCGCUUGACGUCCAUCGAACAGACGAGUGGUGUCCCAUGAUACUUAUCAUGAAAGCAAGGCUAAACCAUGCAGAAAUUGUACAUCUCAGUAUGAGGGAAACCUGGGACUGGACAUGUGGGCUUGUCUUGAGAAGUGACAAAACGUCUGUCAGAGACUUAAUUGAGAGGUUGGUCACUGUCUUCAGUGCCCUUGAUCCUAAAGUACCAAUCACCCUUGAUAAUGAUGAAUAUGCAGCGAAUCAGACCAGUGAACCAGACUGUUCCAGUGAUUCAAUGUCUAAUGGCAGUAAUCAAUCUGAGAUUAGAUCAGAUGAGAGAAAGGACGUAAGACCUAGACAGAAUGGAAGCAGUGGAAAGACUAGCCCUGCUGAUGAAUGUGAUGGAGGAGAGUCCUUGAAAACUCUAUCAUCAUCAUCAGUUGCCUUCAGGUCGGAAGCAUCAGCAGCUACCAAUGGAUUCCUUUUAGGUUCUAGUGUUGGUGAUCUUGGAUCCGAGUCUAAGGGGUUUUCAGGAGCAGUCAGUGAGAAAGAUAUCUUGAGAAUAAUACAAACAGAAUGCAAAAAAUCAGAGAGAGACCUGGAAAGGAUAAAGAAGGAUACAAUGGAUGCACUGAAGAUAUCAGAGCAAUUGAAGAAUAUGCCUAAAGCUUUUGCAGCCAUCGCUGACAAGCAGGAGGUUUUUGAAUCGGUCUUGGCCACAUUCAACAAAGAUGUAAUGAGGGUUCAUAGUAGAUUAGACAAGCUAAAUCUAUCACCUAGCUUGAUGAAUCAAGGAAUGAGUGAGAAGCUACAGAAGAAAUACCAAGAGCUUGAGCGUGCUCUUUUAUCGCUUCGACAGGAUGGAACGAAAGUAGAAGAGCGAUUGCUGAGAUUAGAGACCUCUUAUAGUGGAGUCUAUCUUUGGCCUAUCCCAAAUUACUCAGAGAGGAAGAGAGAUGCCAUGAAUACAAACAUCAAAUCAAUCUAUUCACCACCCUUCUUCACAAGUCAGUAUGGUUAUAAGCUAUGUGGACGAGUGUUCCUGAUGGGAGAUGGGGUUGGAAAAGGUACACAUAUCUCACUGUUUCUCACGAUUAUGAGAGGCCCACAUGAUUCAGUGUUGCCCUGGCCGUUCAAAGAAAGAAUUACUUUCCAAUUAGUCAACCAAGAUGACCCAAUCAACAAGAGUAUCGUAGAGGCCUUCAGACCAGAUCCCGCAAGCUCUUCUUUUAAGAAACCAACGACGGAGAAGAACAUCGGAGCAGGAUGUCCGUUGUUUGCCAAGAUCCAGAUGAUUGAAGAUCCGAAGUCAGGAUUUGUCAGAGACAACACCAUUUAUUUGAAGAUCAUUUCUCAAACAUCAGAUGUCCCCGAGAUCAAGUAAAGCCAGAAGCAGUUUGAAAUAACAGAUCCCGUUGAAAUAAGAUCAGCCUACAAAACUGCCUGGGCUUCCUUUACUUUUGUGAAGAAAGUCCAGUGGAGACCCCAAGCAGUUGCGUUCGCGUCGCGGUCUCUGUUAUGUCUUACUUAAUGGAAAGGAAAGUGAUAAGCUUCUAAUUUAGAGAACUAAAAACAAAAAGUAUUAGACCUAGCCCCUAAGCAUACAUAGGACUAAUGAUCAAGACCUACAUACGAAAUACCGCUAGUUAAAAAUUGAUUGUUAGG